AUGUCGUCUGCUGCGGCCGCCACUGGCGACUCCAAGCUCUUCGCCCGAGGAAAAGUAGCGGAACUCCGACUCGAGCUGAACAGCGGAGGAAAAAAAGAUAAGAAUUAUGGCGCCAAGAAAAUCGCCCUCAAGAGGAUUGUCGCCAACAUGACCAUGAGCAACAACGAUAUGGUGGCCCUUUUCCCAGAUAUCAUUGGCUGCAUGACCAUUUCCAGUCUGGAGAUUAAGAAGAUGUGCUUCCUUUACCUAGUAAACUAUGCGCGAGUGCGUCCAGAGGUUGGUGUAAAAGCAAUCCCGAUUCUCGAACAGGAUAUGCUAGAUAGCAACCCUCUUGUCCGAGCGCUGGCCCUUCGAACCAUGUCAUACAUUCACGUACGAGAAUAUGUGGCAGCAACGGUGCCGGUCGUCAAACGCAUGCUCCGCGAUGCCGAUCCAUAUGUCCGAAAGACAGCAGCCUUCUGUGUCGCCAAGCUUUACGAUCAUGAUCGAAAAAUGGUGGAAGCAUCCGAUUUAAUUGAUAGAUUGAACGCCCUGCUACGAGAUGAUAACCCUACGGUCGUUGCGAGCGCCUUGGCCAGUCUUAUGGAUAUAUGGGAGCGCAGUGACGCUAUCAAAUUAACCAUCGAUUACAGCAAUGCUUCCAAGAUGGUUGCUAUUCUACCGGAUUGCUCCGAAUGGGGACAAACCUACAUCCUGGAAGCGCUCAUGUCUUAUGUUCCGCAGGAUUCUGGAGAGGCGGCUUUACUUGCCGAACGCAUAUCACCACGACUAUCACACUCCAACUCAGCGGUUGUCCUAACAUGUACACGAGUCAUCCUCUACUUGAUGAACUACAUUGCCGAUCAAAAGCAAAUCUCAACGCUGUGCAAGAAGCUUUCGCCACCUCUUGUAACGCUGUUAUCAAAGGGUGCAGAAGUCCAGUAUCUGGCCCUCAGAAACGCUCUUCUUAUUCUUCAACGUCGACCCGAGGUUCUUCGAAACGAUAUUCGCGUAUUCUUUUGCAAGUACAACGACCCCAUUUACGUCAAAGUCACCAAGCUCGAGCUCAUCUUUAUGCUUGCCAAUGAAGAAAACAUUGGCGAGGUUCUUACGGAGCUGAGAGAGUAUGCCACUGAAAUUGAUGUUCACUUUGUGAGAAAGGCUGUGCGAGCGAUCGGAAAGCUGGCCAUUAAGAUUGAGCCUGCCGCCACACGCUGCAUCAACCUCCUUUUGGAGUUGGUAGCGACCAAGGUUACCUACAUUGUCCAGGAGGCUACGGUUGUCAUUCGGAACAUUUUCCGCCGAUACCCCAACCAGUAUGAAUCUAUUAUUGGGACCUUGUGUGAGCAUCUCGAUUCUCUGGAUGAACCAGAAGCCAAGGCUGCCAUGGUUUGGGUGAUUGGAGAGUAUGCCGACCGAAUCGAAAAUAGCGACGCUUUGCUGGAAGACUUCCUCUAUGGGUUCAAUGAGGAACCAGUCGAGGUUCAAUUAGCACUUCUCACAGCCACGGUUAAGCUGUUCAUCCAGCGACCAACCAAGGGACAAGAGCUCGUGCCCAAAGUCUUGAAAUGGGCUACUGAAGAGACGGAUAACCCAGAUUUGCGAGAUCGCGCCUACAUGUACUGGCGGUUGUUAUCCACCGACAUUGAAGCAGCAAAGCAAAUUGUCAUGGGUGAGAAGCCGCCAAUCACAUCAGAAACGGAAAAUCUUGAGCCAGCAACACUGGAGGAGAUGUGUCUCGUCGUGGGCACCCUCGCUACUAUUUAUCUUAAGCCGGUCCAGAGCGUGUUCCGAUCGGCGCGACCAAGAAAGCUUCCGGCGUCGCCAGCAUUGCAAAAGCAAAGCGAGUUCGACAUUGACGCGCAGAAGACGUUGAGCAUGUUUGGUCACGCCGGCGAUGCCACCAACAUGGACCUUCGAACACGCAACGCAUCUGCCGCCAAUGGAAACGGCAAUUUGGCACAGGCUGUGAGUGACGCCGACGCCUACUUUGCAAGUGCCGGAUCACAGCAGUUGGCGGCGAUGAAGAUUAGCCAGGCGGACGAUCUUUUCGGAGGCGGUGGGAUGAAUGGAACGGGUUACGUCGUGAGCGCACACGCUCCGCAGGCUGUGAUGCAGCCAACAGAGGGAUCCGGAAGCAAUGGCGACUUGUUGAUGCUGUAG